AUGAAGCUUUGUGCUGCGUCUUUGCUGCCGGAAUGUUGUCCUGCGGCCAUCCUGUCCUGCAGCCCGCCUCCCUCGGCCACGGAGCGCUACCCGCCACACCUCUUCUGCCGCCGCAGCACCAUCUGCCUGCGUCCCAUAUCACAAGCAAGUGCAAGCUCCAUUGAUGCCAAUGACCACGACACCUUUGCCUCCGUACUAGCUUACUAUACGCUAGAGCUAUGCCACGUUCACUACACCGUCGAAACCUUUCACGCGCUCCGCACAAGACGGGAUGGCAUGCAGCGGCCCCUGCAAGCCACGCGUCGCGCCCGCCAGGCCGCGAUUAACGGGCACCUUCAUCUUAGUAAUAACAAUUACGUCAUGGUUAAGCACUCCACGGAUAGCCUUAAUCUUGUCGAACUUGCCUGCCGAGGAGCCAUGAACGUUAAAAACAGGAAACGGAAGCCCGGCAUGCUCCAUAAUUAG